CCUCUGCUAGACGGUGCAAAGAUAACGCAGUUCCAAGUCAUUCUUCGUCCGUCAACCGUGCGGUAAGCACUACAAACAGGUUUAAAGGUCAUCGACGCAACUUCGCGAUGCAAAACACAGGGAAACUAGCAGGGCUAACGCUCUUUAUCACCGGUGCUUCGCGGGGUAUCGGUAAAGCGAUCGCUCUGAAGGCAGCCCGAGAUGGUGCGAACAUCGUGCUAGCUGCCAAAACGGCCGAACCGCAUCCUAAGCUGGAGGGAACGAUCUAUACGGCGGCAGCAGAAAUUGAAGCUGCCGGUGGUAAGGCGCUGCCGUGCGUAGUCGAUGUGCGCAGUGAAGAAGCGGUUCGGGAUGCCGUGCAAAAAGCGGUCGCCAAGUUCGGUGGCAUCGACAUCCUCGUAAACAAUGCCAGCGCAAUCUCGCUUACCGGAACGGAGCAGACGGACAUGAAACGCUACGAUCUGAUGCACAACAUCAACACCAGAGGAACGUUUCUAGUGUCCAAAGAGUGUCUGCCGUAUCUGCGCAAAAGCAAGCACGCGCAUAUCCUGAAUAUUUCGCCCCCGCUUAGCAUGGAUCCACGCUGGUUCAGCAAUCACGUUGCGUACACGAUGGCCAAGUACGGUAUGUCGAUGUGUGUGCUCGGUAUGGCCCGGGAGUUUGCCGAUGCCAAGAUCUCCGUCAAUGCUGUGUGGCCCCGAACGCUCAUCUAUACCGCUGCCGUUGAGAUGCUGCAUGGCAAGGAUAGCUUCGAAUACUCUCGCAAGCCGGACAUUAUGGCUGAUGCGGCCUAUGCGAUUCUUUCUCGCGCCCCGGGCACGAGUACGGGCAAUUUCUACAUCGAUGAUGAGCUGCUAGCCGAGGAGGGCAUCAAGGACUUUAAGCAGUACGCCUGUGUACCAGAGAAUGCUCUGAAGCUAGCGCAGGAUAUCUACGUGGAUGACCCGAAGUCGAAGCUUUAAAAGUAAGACAAUGUAUUUAGAUAAAUCAUUGUAAAGUCGGGGAAUAAAUGGAAUGGUUUUACCAUGCGUGGGUAA